AUGGCCCGAGAUCCUCUACAAGCCGGGACAUCCCGGAGGACCCUCCUCCAGCCCCGCCCCUCCCCGGGACACUCUUCCGGAUGCCCCGCCCUCGCCCCGGGGCCCUCCCCCGGCCCCGCCCAGAUCCCGGACCCCUCCCCGGCCUGGCCCGCCCCCCGGGACGCUGACUCCCACGGACCACGCGUCCCGCGGGCUCGCGCGAAGGUAGUGGCGGCAGCGUCUGCCGGGAGGGACGCCCGCUCUGAGCCCGAGUUCACCCCGCCGCCGGGAGACCGGAGAGGGCCUGCGCGGAGGCCGCACCAAUGGGCAGUCUGUCAGCGCGCCCUUCCGCAACACGCGUUUCGAUUGGUUCGGAGCACAGUCCGUCAGCGCCGGCGGCGGGCUCUUCGCGGGGCUGCGGCGGGGGCGGAGCUGGGCGGAGGAGUCCGCGGCCAUGCUCGGGCUCGCGCUGCCCACGGGGACGCUGAGACUGGGACGCCUGGGGGGCUCUGGCCCGGCGGCGGCGGCAGGAGCCCCGUUGCAGAGCGCCAUAGUCGAGGAUGCCCAGGAUACAACCCUGAGUUCUUCGUGUCCAGCCGGCAGCAGCGCACCAAUGUCAUGGCCAAGAGCACUUCUGGGGGCCAGGACAGCGCCAAGGACUCGGGGGACGAGAUGAUCUUUGCCGCCGAGAGCACGUGCGCCCUGCCUCCGGAGGGGGACGGGGAGGCAAGGCUGGGGCCGCCGGGGGCGGCGCUGCCUGCCAGGAAGCGGUCUCGGGCCUUCGAGGACGAGGACGAGCGGCAGCCCACCACGGGCCCCCGGCGGUGGGCUGGGGCUUCUAAGAAGACGCUGUGGCACCCCUUGUCCCCGUCGUGCCCCAGGCCCGGGGAGGCCCGGUGGGAAGCCGAGGGGCCUGUGUCGCGGCCUGGGGAGUUCUGCGGAGGAGACCAGGAGGACGAUGGGCCCGACCCCGACCCGGACCCGCACUACGGGCUCCUCGGGAGCCUGCCGGGCCAGGAGCCCCAGAGCCGCAUCUGUAGCCUGCCCAGCGAGGUGCUCAGGCACAUCUUUGCCUUCCUCCCCGUGGAGGACCUCUACUGGAACCUGAGCUUGGUGUGCCACCUCUGGAGGGAGAUCAUCAGUGACCCGCUGGUACGGGGCCCUCCGCGUUCCCUGCGUCUGCUCUGCGAGAGCACGGGCCCCCCCCCCCCGCCUGUCCUUCUGCCCGUAGGGUUUUAGUUCUGAAACAAGGGUGUCCUUUUGCUCCAGAAUCGCAUCCAGGGCCCUCCGGGUUCACCCACCUUGUCCAGUCUCACUGCUGACCCCUCUCCUCCGCCAACCCUGUGUCAUGUCCGUAAUGAGCGCUUUGCUGUCCCCCAGCUGUGGACUCCAUGCUCCUUUCCCUGUGUUGGUCUCAUCUGCCGCCCCCCCCACCUAAAAAGCCCCUCCUAUCUCUGUGGAUGUCUCGCCUCUUCUUCAAGCCUUCAUGCGUAGGUGAACUACUGGUUCCCAUUCUAUCCCGUUGAAUUUUCUCUCUCUCUCUCCUGCUGCUACAGUGAUUUAUACCUUUAUACCUCUGUUUGAACUUACCAUGUUCUCUGUUACGGUUUUAGAGAGGCUUCCUCGUCCCUGUAGAUAAUUAGUGCAUUGGCGUUCCCAUCACGGCUCAGCAGAAACGAAUCUGACUAGUAUCCAUGAGGAUCCAGGUUUGAUCCCAAGUC